CUGAGAGAAGAAACAAAGGCAGGCAGGAUUGCAGGAAGGAGAUCAGAUCAGAGCAACCAGCGACAGUUCUUUCUUUGGCCGAAACAAUGAUGCACGCAGGAAGAAGGGCCAUGGCACUGGUCUGUCUUCUCUUCCUGGCUCUGCUGCUGGUCCAGGACGUUCAGUCCAGGAAGCUCUUGUGGACGGUGCAGGAGAAGCAAAGCCAUGAUAGCUUUGGCAGCCAUGGCACUGGCACACCCACCUCAGCCGCGGAACCAUGCAGUGGCGGGGGAGGGAGCACAGGCAGUGCAGACGAGGGCCAGGCGCAUUGUGAUACGGCGAAAUGGGCAGAACUCCAUACGGAUUACAUCUACACCCAAGAUGUCAAACACCCAUAAAUUGUUCGCUAGUAGCUCAUAUUUAAUUUCUUGGAGUAUUUUCUUCUUUCAGUUUUGUUUAGGAAUGUUCACUGUUCAGUGUACGGUGUAUAAUUAGCCAGUAACUA